GCAAACAUUCUUUACACAUUUUUCCACUUCCACAUUUCACCGUCUGAGUUUCGUUGCUCCAUUAUCGUUUCCGAUCUGCGACUCAGAGGUCGGAGAGAGAGAGAGACUGAGAGAGCUAAGAUCACGGAACAUCUUUUCCGGCGAUGUGUGUCGUGGAGGAACUUCUAGAUGGUUGACGAAGCCCUCAGUUUCCUCCAUUUUCGUCUACUUCUCCUGAUUGUGGGUUCUUGUUUCUCUCAGAUCCCAUUGAUCUCUGCAAGGUUGAUCUGAUUUGGCGGAAACCGCAGGAAGAAGUCCGAUGGCCGGAGCUGUCUCGGCGCUGUUCCUUCUCGACAUCAAAGGCCGCGUUUUGAUCUGGCGCGACUAUCGCGGCGACGUCUCGGCCGUUCAAGCCGAGAAAUUCUUCACCAAGCUCAUUGAGAAAGAGGGAGAUCCAGAGUCUCAUGAUCCAGUUCUUUAUGACAAUGGCGUCUCCUACUUGUUCAUACAGCACAACAACGUUUUCUUCAUGGCGGCAGCCAGGCAAAAUUGCAAUGCCGCCAGCAUUCUGUUCUUUCUUCACCGCGUAGUUGAUGUGUUUAAGCAUUAUUUUGAAGAAUUAGAAGAGGAAUCACUUAGGGAUAACUUUGUGGUUGUGUAUGAGUUGCUUGAUGAAAUUAUGGACUUUGGUUACCCUCAAUUCACUGAAGCAAAGAUCCUCAGUGAAUUUAUCAAGACAGAUGCGUAUAGAAUGGAGGUUACACAGAGGCCUCCAAUGGCUGUCACGAAUGCUGUGUCUUGGCGAAGUGAAGGAAUACGUUACAAGAAAAAUGAAGUUUUCUUGGAUGUGGUUGAGAGCGUUAAUAUCCUUGUUAACAGCAAUGGACAAAUUGUGAGGUCUGAUGUUGUUGGGGCAUUGAAGAUGAGAACUUAUUUGAGUGGGAUGCCUGAAUGUAAACUUGGCCUAAACGAUCGAGUGUUGUUAGAGGCACAAGGCCGAGCAACAAAAGGGAAGGCCAUUGAUUUGGAGGACAUCAAGUUUCAUCAGUGUGUGCGUUUGGCUCGGUUUGAAAAUGACCGCACAAUAUCCUUUAUACCUCCUGAUGGUGCUUUUGAUCUCAUGACUUAUAGACUCAGCACUCAGGUAAAGCCCUUGGUUUGGGUGGAAGCUCAAGUUGAAAGGCAUUCAAAGAGUCGUGUUGAGAUUUUGGUAAAAGCAAGGAGCCAGUUCAAGGAGCGUAGCACUGCUACAAACGUUGAGAUUGAGGUGCCUGUGCCAUAUGAUGCUACAAAUCCUGACGUUAGAACAUCAAUGGGAUCUGCAGCGUAUGCUCCUGAGAAUGAUGCAUUGGUUUGGAAAAUAAGAUCUUUUCCUGGUGGCAAGGAGUAUAUGUUGAGAGCGGAGUUUUGCCUCCCCAGUAUCACAGCAGAAGAAGGUGCUCCUGAGAGGAAGGCUCCUAUACGAGUGAAGUUUGAGAUACCAUAUUUUACAGUUUCUGGAAUACAGGUUCGCUACUUGAAGAUCAUUGAGAAAAGUGGAUACCAAGCUCUUCCAUGGGUGAGAUACAUAACAAUGGCUGGCGAGUAUGAACUUCGACUAAUAUGAAUGCAACUCCAACUUGGUGUAUCCAACCCACCCCAUUUUAUGCCUACCUUUUGAUCCACUAAAGACCGAAACAUGGUGGAUAAGUUAAAGAUCGUCGAGAAAGUCAAUUUGUUUUAGACCGGUCCCUUAAUGAGAAAAAUAUUUGUGUUCUGGCCU